AUGAAGUUCCUGGCCCUGCUUUUCCUGCUGUCUGUGAGUGCAGCCAGUGCCAGCGGCUCGUCCCGGGCCCUGUGGCUGUUCCGCAGCAUGAUCAAGUGCACCCUGCCAGCCAGCCACCCACUGCUGGACUUCGCUGACUACGGCUGCUACUGCGGCUUGGGAGGCAGUGGGACACCUGUGGACGAGCUUGACAGGUGCUGCCAAGUACAUGAUAACUGCUAUUCACAGGCAAAGAAAAUGGAAUCGUGCAGAUUCCUCCUGGACAACCCCUACACUAAGCCGUACAGCUUCAGCUGCUCCAACGGGGAGAUUACAUGUAGCAGCAAGAACAAGGAGUGCGCCGAGUUCAUCUGCAACUGCGACCGCGCCGCGGCCAUGUGCUUCGCCAAGGCUCCCUACAACCCCGAGCACAGGAAGCUGGACACCGACAAGUACUGCAAGUAG